AUGGCUUCAAAAAACUCUGGUUCCCAGAAGCCCCCCUUCUCCAAGCCGCCUUACCAGCUCUCUGCUGAUGAGGUCGCCCAGGAGCUCGGAACAAACCUUGAAACAGGACUUUCCCCCUCUCAGGCCAAACAGAACCUUGGCCAGUAUGGCGAAAAUAAGCUUGAAGGCGGCGAAGGUGUUCCAAUGUGGAAGGUGUUCAUCAAACAGAUCAGCAAUGCCAUGUGAGUGUCUUGUGUUUUAGUAUUGUCUGUCUUUUGAUUGAGUUUGACAGCUAACAUGUCUUAGGAUUCUGUAUGUCUUGGACAAACCUCCUCUCAUCCCAAUGUUUGGGUAUUCUGACUAAUUAUUAGGGUUCUUAUCAUCGCCAUGGCUUUGUCUUAUGGGGUCAAGGAUUGGAUCGAGGGUGGCGUUAUAACUGCCGUUAUUUUUCUGAAUGUGACCAUUGGCUUUUUCCAGGAAUACAGAGCGUAUUUAUACCCUUCUCGCCAUAGGUGACUGGUAGAGCUAACAUUCAAUUGCGUUUGUUUAGCGAGAAAACUAUGGAUUCCCUACGAAGCCUCUCCAGUCCUACUGCCGCUGUUCUACGAGAUGGAAAUCUCGAUCAUGUUGCUAGUAUUAUUGUUGUGCCUGGUGAUAUUGUUGAGCUUAAAACUGGAGACGUUGUCCCCGCCGAUUUGAGACUUUUCGAAGCGAUGAAUCUUGAGAUGGAUGAAGCGUUACUCACAGGAGAAUCUCUCCCUGUGUUUAAGGAACCCGAGCCUCCGAUUGAAGGCGAGGUCGGUGUUGGCGAUCGAACAAACAUGGCCUUCUCUUCGUCUACCGUUGUAAAAGGCCGUGCCCGUGGCAUCGUUACCAGUACUGGAAUGGCUACCGAAAUUGGUGUUAUUGCCGAAACUUUGAAGGGUAAGACCAAGAAGCCAAGCAGGUCAAUGUCUCGCAAGAAGCAUGGAAAUUUUCAGCCUGUGAAGGGGGCAACUCUCAAGACUUGGGAUGCUAUUGGAAAGUUGCUUGGACUUACUGUUGGAACUCCCCUCCAGAGGAAGCUUGCAAAAUUGGCAUACUGCCUCUUGCUUUGCGCUGUUGUCCUGGCUAUUAUUGUGUUUGCGGCAAACAAAUUCAGAAUUCCUCAUGAGGUUGUCAUUUACGCAAUCUCGCUCGGUAUAGUUUUCUGUGUGUCUCACCUUGUAAUACCGAGUUCCUAAUGUGAUUUUUAGGUAUUGCUAUCAUUCCGGAAUCCUUGAUUGCUGUCUUGACGAUCACAAUGGCUGUUGGCAUGAAGACUAUGGUUAAACGCAAGGUUAUCGUUCGUAAACUUGAUGCGCUUGAGGCAUUGGGGGGUGUGAGCAAUAUUUGCUCCGAUAAGACCGGAACUCUCACCCAAGGAAGAAUGAUUACCAGAAAAGCUUGGAUUCCGGGUGUCGGUAUCUACACGGUCGAUCGAACCGAAGAAGCCGCAAACCCGACUUCUGGUGUCAUCCGUUUCGGAGAAGCACGAGCAGCCACAUCUGAGCCCAUCGACGCUAACAGGACCUUCGAGCGCCAACAGGAGGCCCGUGACCAAGGUCGUUCUGCAUUGGCACUUAAAUUUGUGGAUGAAACUGAGCCAAGAGGGCGCAAGAGAAUCGAUCCUGAAGACACUCCGAAUGAGGAAGAUUUCGAGGACGGCGCUCUCCUAGAGAUGGUUCCGGAAUUGGAAGCAUUCCUUCACUCAUCCGCUCUUUGCAAUUUAGCGACUGUUAGAUUUGAUAGUACUAAGAAGCAAUGGCAAGCCACUGGUGACCCAACUGAGGUAGGAGUUUUCGUGGUAUUUAUGGGUGGAUUUCUGUUGACAAUAAUUUAGAUCGCACUUCAGGUCUUUUGUCAUCGCUUCGACUACGGAAAAAAGAAACUCGUUGCAGACGGCUGGAAGGCACUUCAGGAAUACCCGUUCGACAGUGAGGUUAAGAGAAUGUCCGUUAUAUUCCAGGAACCCAACAACGGGCGAUACUUUAUCUUUGCAAAAGGUGCCGUUGAGAGAAUUAUUGACCUUUGCACAAACGUUGGAUUUGGAGACAAGCAGACGCCCAUGACUGAAGAAAUGAAACAAGAGAUUACUAGACAGAUGACGACCCUUGCCGACCAGGGUCUGGUAAGUUCUAUAAUGGGGGUUGGAGAUUUUGUGGUAGCUAAUCUUGGGGCUUAGCGUGUCCUUGCCAUCGCUCGCCGCACUAUUGAUAGGCCACCGGAAGACUGGAACGAAUUCCCUCGCGACGAAGUUGAAGAAAACCUUGUGUUGAUGGGCCUUGCUGGACUGUACGACCCACCUCGACUUGAGACCAAGGAUGCCGUUAGAAAAUGUACGAACGCCGGUAUUCAGGUUCAUAUGUUGACUGGAGACCAUCCAAGUACUGCCCGCGUCAUUGCCCGUGAAGUUGGAAUCAUCCCUGCCGAUUUCGGGAUACUUCCUGCGGAUGUUGCACAGAGCAUGGUCAAGACUGCAGCAGAGUUUGAUGCCUUGACUAACGAAGAGGUUGAUCGGCUCCCGGCCCUCCCAUUCGUUAUCGCACGAUGUGCACCAAAUACCAAGGUUCGGAUGAUUGACGCUCUUCACCGACGAGGUCGAUAUGCAGCGAUGACGGGAGAUGGCGUCAACGAUUCACCAAGUCUUAAGAGAGCUGAUGUCGGGAUUGCUAUGGGUCUUGCAGGUUCAGAUGUUGCAAAAUCGGCUUCUGAUAUUGUGCUUACCGAUGACAACUUUGAGAGUAUCGUUAACGCUGUCGAAGAGGGUAGAAGGAUGUUUGACAACAUUCAAAAGUUUAUCCUCCAUCUUUUGGUUUCCAAUGUUGGAGAAGUCAUGCUUUUGAUCAUUGGCCUUGCAUUCAGGGAUCGAGACAACUUCUCAGUGUUCCCACUCGCACCUUUGGCAAUCCUCUGGAUUAACAUGCUGACGAGUUCCUUCCCUGCUUUCGGAUUGGGUUUGGAAAAAGCUACUUCCGAUAUCAUGAGACGUCCCCCCCACGAUACCAAAGUUGGUGUCUUUACCAAGCAGAUUCUGGUGGAUAUGGUUGUAUAUGGUACUAUUAUGGGAGCUUGCUCGCUUUGUACUUUCGUCAUCAUUGUCUACGGAGUCGGAGACGGAAAUCUUGGUGUGAACUGCAACUCCAAAUACUCUUCUGAGUGUGAUCUUGUUUUCAAGGCUAGAGCUGCUGUCUUUGCGCAGUUGACAUGGCUAAUCUUGAUCUCAGCGUGGGAGUUCAAGAGUAUCCGACGAAGCAUGUUUAGGUUUGAUCCCUAUCAGACUGAGCACAGGUUCCCAUUCUUCAGAGAUGUGAGUACUCCCAAAAUCUUUUGAUUUUGGAUUGCGCUGACUCGCAAUAGGUUUACCGAAACAAGUUUUUGUUUUACGCUGUCGCUAUCGGCGCAGCCUCGGUUUUUCCCGUUGUCUACAUCCCUGGCCUCAACACUGGUGUCUUUAAGCACAAAGGUAUUACUUGGGAAUGGGCACUCUCCUUUGGCGCUAUCCCCGUCUUCAUCUGUGGGGUCGAGGCAUGGAAGUUCAUCAAGCGGAAGUACGGAUUGUUCAACAACCGCGAGUCUGACAGAGUCAAGAAGGAUGCCUCACUAAGCCUCCGCCAAGGAUUCUUCACUAUGGCAAAGACUGUGACUCGAACUAGUUCUGCAGGUAUAUCUCGAAGCACUACUAUGGAGAAGCGAUCAGUAGCUAGAGGUGACGAAGUGGUUUGAAAAAUUUCCCCCUUGAGAGCUACUGCUAUGAUUUGUGAAUCCUUUUCUUUGCGGUGCCGGAUUUUCUUUACAUUGUUUUUUUUUACGAGUUUUUUUUUUUUGCACUUGCUUGGGUCUUUUCGGCUUCAGGGUUCGCGUUUCCCUUUUGUGGUUUCUUGCUAAUGAAGGAGAAUAAUGGAGGCUAGUACAUUAUGCAGUAUUUGGGUCAGUGCUCUUAGACGAGAGGACCUGAUAGGUGAUGGCGGUUGUUUUCCUGCUGCAAUUGUGCUUUGUGUAGAUUUAUGUUAUAUACCUCAGACAUAAAGC